AUGCUGCGGCUUGCGGAAGAUGACCCUCGAUUCAUCGAAUGGCGUGUCAAGCUGGGCAUCUUGCUGAAGCAAGAGUUGUCCCCGAACCCGCAAGAUGGCCUUCCAUGGUACGUACAGUUCCCACGGGGGUAUUGGCUGUACGAGAGAUCCAAACAUCUUUGGGUUUCGGGUUAUCCUGUCAAAUCGAAACUUUUCAAGAGCCCGCAGGAGUUUGGUGUCCAUUUGCUGUGGCUAAUCUCGGGCUCCAACGAUCCUCGUGACUGUUGCUGUGUCCACUGCAACCUUCCAAAGUCUGGUGCUUCGGGGGAGGAGUUGAUCGUUCAAGAUGGCCCUCGACUAGCUGCUCCCGCAGCGCCUGUUUCGGCUUCUGCCCCCGCUGCUCCCGCUUCAUCUGCUCCAGCUCCAGCUCCAGCUGCUCCUCCAGCGGCUCCUCCAGCUCGUCCCCUCACUGCCACUACUGUUACAGCGCCUGUCGCGGGAGCAUCUCCGGCUACGCCCACGCCACCAGCCAAUAUAUUCAAAGCUCCAGCACCACCAUCAAAAAAUGCGAACGCGACAGCCCAGAGUGCGAAGCCCUCUCCUGUAUCGACUCCAGCACCUUCUGCCUCCGCAAUGCCACCAACAGCACCGUAUCCUAGGAAGGCAGAGCCUCCAGUGCAGGCGAGCACUGCGUCCCCGGCACCGAGGCCAAUGAUUCCAGAACCCCCACCGCGCCCAACGCCCCUAGAACAGACUCUGGUUCCUUUUAAUCAGAGCACGUCGCCCCUGUUCUUCCGCACUGGCGAAUUAGUCUGGUUUUCCGUCGCCCCUAGUUGGCGCAUCGGCCUAAUAGCCAGGUCGAAUCUCGCGGCCAAGCAAUACGAGAUUCUCCCUAUCUCCCACGGCCUCUUCAACCAAUCCCAACUGCAACUUAAGCCCGAAACAGCCCUACGCCCCUUCCUCGCCUUCACGGUUCCUCCGGUGUCUCUCCCUGAUCUUUCCGACAAGUCUUUCGACAAAAUACCGUGGGAUACCCUUAUCGGUGCCGUGGCCGCAGAGCCCACCAAGCGCGAGCCUCUUCUUCUUGACGCCUCAAAAUUAGCCGCCAUAAAGAUCUCCAUGUCCUUCUCGUUGUUCACCCGCAUAGGCGACUCGGAAGGUGGACGCAAAACCAACUACCACGGCAUCUUCCUGGGCGCCGAGCGCAUUGAGGUUGGCGAUGCCCUCCGUGUUCGCGUCCCUCACGAACAGCAAAAUUUGAUGCCCCGCUGGGCGCUCUCCCAAGCCCAGGCGUCUGGCGCCUUCCUUGGUCUGCGCGAGAUUUGCACCGCGCGUGACACGCCUGGCUACGUAUUCUUCAAGGGCGACCUCUACAUCCCUAUCACGGGCGAGCACAACCCAGGGGGGGUAGAGAACGACCCCAACAGCGGUGGAGACCCUGUCAUCGCGCCGGAUGAGAAGCUUCCGCGGGCCCUUCGCGAAGAAGCCGCGUUCCGAACCAAGUUUGCGCCCCGAGAACGCUGGCGCCUGGCCCUUCUCAGGCAAAACACCGUCCUCCGAGAGCAAGACAUCCAGGGCCGAUUCUACCCAUCCGCCCGCCUGCUUCCGGUGCUCGUGCACCCCAACGCGAACCAGCUCCAGGCAGAGCUGCAAAAGGGCGUCGUGCGCGACUCGGCACGCCAGUUGAACCAACGCUUCGACACUUUCAAGGACGGGUAUAUCGGGCAGAAAGCUGGGCGGGUUGAUGCUGUCGGUGCCGCCAUUCCGCACGGCAGCGCAGCUCUCUUUGGGUUCGAGCCCGUCGUCAGAGAGGAGGCGCCGCCGUUGCCUCCCUCGGCGGGCGCUGAACCGGCCGGUAUGAUUACGGGGUAG